AUGACUGCCACCACGAAAUCCACGUUCAACGGGGACACCGAGGCCUUGGAGGUUGCCCUUGAGUUUGCCGGUACGAUUCGUGGCAAGACCAUUCUCGUGACUGGCGUCAACCAAGGUGGCAUCGGAUUCACCACUGCAGAGGCUUUUGCUUCUCAAUCACCAGCUAUUAUCAUCAUCGCCGGACGCAACCUCACCAAAGUCCAGGAAAGCAUUGACGCUCUCAAAGCGAAAUUUUCUGGCCCGACGUACCGUGCUCUCAAACUCGAUCUUGGCAGCCAAAAGGGUGUUCGUGCUGCGGCAGCUGAGGUUCUCUCCUGGGCUGAUGUCUCUGCCAUUGAUAUUGUUGUUAACAAUGCAGGCAUCAUGAAUAUCCCCGAGCGAACCAUCAAUGAGGAUGGAAUCGAAAUACACUUCGCCACCAACCAUAUCGGACAUUUCUUGUUCACUAGUCUCAUCAUGCCCAAGCUUAUCCAGGCCGCCGCAGGAAAACCAAAGGGGUCGACGCGAGUUGUCAAUGUGACUUCUCUAUCCCCGACAUUUGCAGGCAUGCGUUGGAGCGACAUCAAUUUCCAAAAGGUCAACACUGAGUUGCCUGAGGAUGAACAACCAACCUAUGCGAUCCACAAGCAGUGGGGAAUUAAAGACCCAGAGAGUAAAUCCUACCUUCCCCUUGAGGGCUACAAUCAGAGUAAGGUCGCGAACGUAUUGUUCAGCAUUGGAUUGAACGAGCGCCUGUACGACAAGCAUGGUAUAUUGAGCUUGGCAGUCCAUCCAGGGAUCAUCUAUACGGAGCUCUCCAGAUACGCCGCGCCAGAGACAGUCGCAGCUAUUCGAGAGAUGUUGAAGGCCGGCAGUUUCCCGCUCAAAUCCAUGGGAGCAGGAGCCGCAACAAGUUUGGUCGCUGCGAUAGACCCCGGACUAUCAAAACCCGAGACGAAAGACGGAAGAGAAAAUCACGGAGUAUACUUGAUCGAUUGCCAGUUCAGUGACAAGAUCCUUCCGAAAUCAUGUUCAAACGAAGGGGCCGAAAGGCUGUGGAACUUGUCCGAGCAAUUGGUCAAUGAAGAGUUUGCCUGGUAG